AUGUCCGUCCACGCCUCUCGCAUUUCGCCCGAGGUCAUCAGCGGCAUUUCCUUUGGGGUGAUCAUGUUCUUCAUCGCCAUGUACGCUCUUUGGCAAACCCACCAAGCAAAUCGUCAUCGUCAACGCUCAGACGCUGUCGUCCUCGUCCAAGGACGCAGACAGCAAGCCGACGUCUCGGACCAAGUCUGA